AUGUCGGCCACCGUCUCAGCCGAGACGGCUCCCCUCUCGGCGCCGGUGCCCAUCGACCUGCCCCAAGGCGACGAAUUCCUCAGCGAGUCGUCAUGGCGUGUGCUCAUGGCCCUCAUGGACACCAUCAUCCCCGAAAUCCGGCUGCAAGAGGCCAGCCAAACACCGCCGACGACCCCAGCCGCCAAAGCCCGCGAUCUCUCGACGGUCCACCUACCUAGCAACGAGUAUUCCGCGGCCGCCGGCACCCUGCGCCGUGCCGCGUCGCCGGGACAGAUCGAGACGGACGCCAUCGAGGCGUAUCUUGCCGAGAGGCCGUCUGCGAACCCGGCGUUUGUCGAGAUUAUUCACUCAAUGCUGCAUAAUCUGCCACCGUCCAAGAAACGGGAGCUGAAGAUUGUGCUGUCUGUUCUAAACACCCGCCCCGGCACGCUCCUCCUCACCACCAAACCACACGCCUUCCCCACCCUCUCCAUCGCCGACCGCGUCAAAGUCCUCCACGCCUGGUCGACCUCCCCCCUAGCCCAAAUCCGCGGCCUCUUCAAAAGCGUCACCACCAUCGCCAAACUCGCCCACGUCCGCAGCAGCACCACCUUCUCCUCCCUCACCGGCUUUCCCGUCUUCCCCACCGCCUGGACCGCCGACGGGGGUUCCUCCUACCCCUACGAGUUCCUCCAAUUUCACCCCGCUACCGGUGCUAGUACUACUGCCCCGGCCAAACCAGUAGAAAUAACCACCGACGUAGUAAUCCUCGGUUCCGGCUGCGGCUCCGGCGUCGUAGCCAACCGCCUAUCCUCCGCCUUCAGCUCUUCCAUCAACAUCCUCGUCCUCGAAAAAGGCCGCCACUUCGACGCCCGCCACUUCCCCCUCUCCCAAGCCACCGGCUUAGCCAAUCUCUUCGAAGCCGGCGGGGUCAUCGAAACAGACGACGGGUCCAUGACUGUCACGGCCGGAUCGUGCUUCGGUGGUGGGGGGACGGUGAAUUGGAGCGCGAGUUUGCAACCGCAGGAUUUUGUAAGAGCUGAAUGGGCGAGGGAGAGGGGGAUGGGGUUUUUUGAAAGCCAAGAAUUUCAGGGGUGUUUGGAUCGGGUGUGGGAGAAGAUGGGGUGUGAUGAAAAGGUGGUGAGGCCGAAUCAUGGGAAUAGGGUGUUGUUGGAGGGGGCGGAGAGGUUGGGGUACAAAGCGAAGGUGGUGCCGCAGAAUUGUGGGGGGAGUCAGCAUGAGUGUGGGUAUUGUACGCUUGGGUGCUGGAAGGGGGAGAAGAAGGGGCCGGUGAAUGGGUGGUUUCCGGAGGCGGCCAGGCAGGGAGUGAAGUUUGUGGAGGGUAUGACGGUGGAGAGGGUGGUGUUUGGGGGGAAGGGGAAGAAGGGGGAGAAGGUGGCCAGGGGGGUUGAGGGGAAGUGGGUGUCGAGAGAGGGGGUGGAGGUGAAGGUGGUGGUGAAGGCGAAGAAGGUGGUGGUGAGCUGUGGCACGCUUUGGAGUCCGGUUGUGUUGAUGAACAGUGGGAUUAAGAACCCCCAGCUCGGCAAGAACCUAUACUUGCACCCGACCAACUUUGUCUCGGGCAUUUUUGACGAGGACGUCCAGCCGUGGGAGGGUGGCUCCCUCACCUCGGUCGUCGGCUCCUUCGAAAACCUCGACGGCAAAGGCCACGGCGUCAAACUCGAGCGCAUGUCCAUGAUGCCCUCCUUCUGCCUCCCCUUCCUCCCCUGGACCUCCGGCCCCGCCUACAAGCUCCUCGCCGCCCACUACCGCCACCUCAACACCUUCAUCGCCAUCUGCCGCGACCGCGAUACAGGCCACAUCUACCGGGACCCCGCCACCGGCCGCCCGCGCAUCGUCUACAGCCCUUCCGACUUCGACCGCGCCCACAACCUCCGCGGCGUCAUCGAGCUCUGCCGGAUUGUCUACGCCCAAGGCGGUCGCGAGAUCCACCCUUCCAUCGCGGGCAUGCCGCCUUUUAUUCGUCGGACGGCCGCCAUGGACGCGACGGAGGAGGAAAAAGAGAAGGAGAAAGCGGAAUUCGAAUCCUGGCUUGCCCGCCUGCAAGCGCUGGGCAAUAAACCCCCCGUGACGCCCUUCGCAUCGGCGCACCAGAUGGGCACGUGCCGGAUGAGUGCGAAGCCUAAGGAUGGGGUGGUGGAUGAGAAGGGACGGGUGUGGGGGACGAAGGGGCUGUAUGUGGCUGAUGCGAGUGUGUUUCCGAGUGCGAGUGGGGUAAAUCCGAUGGUGACGACUAUGGCGAUUGCGGAUUGGAUUGCGAGGGGGGUGGUUGAGGAGUUGAAGGGGGAGGGGUUUACUGCGAGGUUGUGA